AUGCCGUUUGGAGAUUCAUACCAUCACCAUGAAAUGAAUUCAACUUUUAAAGAGGGUGUCAAAAAAGUUGCUACUAGAUAUGAUAAGGGCCUGAGACACAAUAGUUAUGGAACAGGUCCAUCUUGUAGGGUUGAGCUGAUCACCAUUGGCCGACCUCGUUUACCAUGCAUGGGUGCCAAUUUUUCAGGUUCGGUUUACUACUAUGGCCAUGCUUCUACAUAUAAUGCUCCAUGGAAGGACCACAGUGUUUCAUUACUCCAAAUUAAGGCCGAAGGAGAUGGAUAUAAAAGUCAGAAGGCCUUGGUUGAGGCUCAUGGCGAGGUUAAUUACUCCAUUGCCAUCCUUGAAAGAAUACAAAAAAACAAUCAAGAGCAAGAAACAUCAAAGAUCGCAGAAGAGAUCAACAGAAUUUCAAUCGGAUGUGGGGCCUUCCUUGUUUGUCAUGGGGACCACCCCACAGGAGCACUGCAGAAACAGUUUCCUAGCUGGGUCGAACCUAGCCGAGCCGAGCCUAACGGAGCUGAAACGAUCAUUGCUGCUGGCCUGCAGGAAUAA